UCGUCAUCAUUUGAAAUUUUGACAAGUUUAUCUUUACAAAAGUGCAAACUUUGCAGCUUUUACAAAUUUUAAUUUGAUUUAUUCUUACAUCCAAUCUGUUUCUAUUACGUUUGUGUUGAAAUCUUCAUGACGCGUAAGAAGUAACUAUCAGUCUUAUUAUUUUGUUUCCAAUAUAUUUACACUUUACCAAGUUACCUAACCCUACUUUACGUACCGUACCCUACCACUAAUUUCAUUUUAUCAUUUUUAUGUUCAUUUUCAAAUCCAUAUUAUGAUUUACAAGUAUCUUGCUCUUUAUUUGACUGUAACUUUCUAGUAUUGACAUGGCACCUUCACUACGUCAACGUGGACAAUCAAGUUAUCAAAGUCAGAAAAAAGAUCAAAUUAAAAAGCCAAAGAGACCAUUAGGAAAUAAUAGUAAUAAUAAGAAAGAAGAAGCUGGUGGUGGUUCGGGUGUAGGAGUGGCUUAUCCCAGCGCCGACACGGCCUUCAAAGCGUUAUUAUCGGCGCGUUUUUGCGCUGCAAUUUGGAGUCAUGUGACUGAUUGUGACGAAACUUUUAAUUAUUGGGAACCGAGUCACUACCUGCUAUUCGGAAAAGGGUUCCAGACAUGGGAAUACAGUCCCGAAUUCGCGCUAAGAUCGUAUGCUUACAUACUGGUGCAUGUAUUGCCAGCCUGGAUCUACCACAACCUGCUGCAACCCAACCGGUUGCUUGUCUUCUAUUUCUCCAGGUGUCUGCUAGGUCUACUGUCUGCACUAUGUGAGGUUUAUUUUUACAAGAGUGUAUGUCGUGAGUUUGGCAUCCAUGUAGGCAGAAUAAUGCUUGUUAUUCAGCUAUUCAGUGCUGGAAUGUUUAUUUCUAGUACUGCCUUUUUACCAUCAAGUUUCUCAAUGUAUAUGACUUUACUAUCUUUGGGAGCUUGGUAUAGGAGAAGGUAUGAGUUGGCGAUAUUCACUACAGCCUUAUCAACGUUCCUUAGUUGGCCUUUUGCUGCACUUAUAGGGUUACCCAUUGCCAUCGAUAUGCUAUUUAGGAGAGGGGAGUGGCUGAAGUUCAUACAAUGGAGUGUUAUAUCGGCAGUUGCUAUUCUUUUGCCGAUGUUAAGAAUUGAUUCGCUGUAUUAUGGCCGAUUAGUGGUGGCUCCUAUGAACAUAGUAAUGUACAAUGUGUUCACUUCUCACGGCCCCGAUCUAUAUGGCACGGAAUCGUGGACCUACUAUUUGUACAACGGUUUGCUCAACUUCAACUUUGCAUUUUUGGCAGCCCUACUUACUCCCGUGGCGCUGGUAUUAGUUCAACUGCUUAUACCGUUGAGGAUCAGGCAUGCUGUAUGUAUUCCAUAUUGGUUGUCGUUGGCUCCUCUCUACAUAUGGCUUGCUGUAUUCUGGAUACAGCCUCACAAGGAGGAGCGCUUCCUGUUUCCGGUGUACCCGUUGGUGUGCCUGUGCGGCGCGAUCACACUGGACGCCGGCCAGAAGCUGUGGUUUCGUAUGGUGGUGCGCUCUGGUGUCCACUACCUGCAACACACCACCCUGGUCAUCAUCCCCGCCCUGGUUGUCGUCUGUCUGCUCGGUCUUAUGCGCAUAGUUGUGCUUUACAAAGGAUACCAUGCACCUAUGGACAUAUUUAUGGAACUUAACAAGUUGGCAGCUGAAGAUGUUAUAUCUGAAGAUCAACCUCUAAAUAUAUGCAUUGGAAAGGAAUGGCACAGGUUCCCGUCAUCCUUCUUUCUACCCAGUGACAAUUGGAAUCUCAGAUUUUUAAAAUCGGAAUUCAAAGGGCAACUGCCCCAGCCUUAUAGUUUACUAGAUAACGCAACUAUGGUCUUACCAGCCAAUAUGAAUGAUAUGAACAAGGAGGAACCCUCCAGAUAUGUUAAUGAAUCGAUUUGUCACUUUCUGGUUGACCUGGACAGAGGACCAAAUUCUGGCACAGAGUUGGAGCCGAAUUAUUCAGAAGACACCUCCAAGUGGACAAUUGUCAAAUCGGUGCCUUUCAUGGAUGCCACCAAGACCAACCGUUGGCUGAGACUGUUUUACGUGCCGUUCGUGUGGGAAUCCAACUGUGUCUUUAACUCCUACAAUCUUCUGAAAGCCGUCAAAUCUCCCCCCAACAACCAUCACUUUGUGACAUCAUCACUCUGACGUCAGCACACCAGCUAGCUGCCGACAUCUGGCGGAUAAAUUUGGAACUUCAACUAACAAAAGGACACACAGAGAACAAGCAUGGUACUUGAUGUAGGUCCGGUUGCACAAAAGCCUGUUGUUGAAUUUCAAUCAUGAUUAAAUUUUACGAGAACCAAUCAGCGAAGGUUUUUUUGAGAAGAUGGUUUCUCUGAUUGGUUCUCGUGGCAUGUAAUCGGUAUUAUAAGUUGAUAGACUUUUGUGCAACCCGGUGUGAGAUUCACUUCAAUCAGCAUUGAUUGAAUGUGAGGUGUUGGUGUUGAGGCGAAAGCACACAGCAGCAGACAGACGGACAAAAGUCAAACGUCUGCAUGCAGACGUGAGCAUACAUUUAUUUAUGAAGACAGACGGACGACUGUGUGGGUUGCAACAUUAUAACAACUAGGGAGGGAUUUUUCCUUCGUCUGUCUGCGUUAAUAAUUUCAGUCAGCAUUGACUGAAUGGGAAGCAUUGAUGUUAUUCAUAAGGAAUGCUGACAGUUGAAAGUGACUCUCAUUGUUGUAAGUUUAUGACAAGCAGUUGAUAGUAAAAAGUGAUUGUUGAAAGUGCUAUGACGUUUUACCAGGUGAUUCAAAAAAGGUGUAACAAUAGGUAACUUGUUAACCGUUCAUUUUACAGAGAACUUUAAAUGGGCAACUUCCCUUCUUUUUGUGAUAUUUUACGACAUGCCAUUUUACAUUGAAAAUUUGGCCGUCAUCUUCCAAAAUGGAGGACAGCUUUAUUAUCUUGAAUGGCAGCCCCCAUUUUUAUGAUAUUUUUGGAUUCUACGUUAAAUUUUAAGACAUUUUUACUCUUGUAAUUUUUUAUAAACCCAACCGUUUACGAGCCGGAGGAUAUUUUUGUAUUCUUAUCAUGAAGCUAAUAAAAUCGUGUUUUCCAAUGAUUAACCACCGGUAUAUCGAAAACCAUUAAUCUGACAGCCAACUUUAAAUGGGGAAAUUUCUUUCUUUUUUGUGACUAUUUGGGCUAUCUCCCAAAAUGGAGGACAGCUUUAUUAUUUAUUUUAAAUGGCAAACCCCAUUUUUUAUGAUAUUUUUGAAUUCUUCGUGAAUUUUAUAAAAUUUAUAAAUUUUUUGGUAAACCCAACCGUUUAGGAUGUACAACUGAUAUGUUGUAAACAUUAAUGCAAUAUCCAUUAUGAUUAUGACUGUGUGGCUUAUUAUGGCUGUACAUCCUAAACGGUCAGGUUUAUCAAAAAAUGACAAGACUAAAAAUGUCUUAAAUUUAACGUAGAAUCCAAUAAUAUAAUAAAAAAUUGGGGUUGCCAUUCAAAAAAAUAAAGUUGUCCUCCAUCUUGGAAGAUGGCGGCCAAAUUUUCAAUUUAAAAUGGCAUGUCGUAAAAUAUCACAAAAAAAGGGAAGUUGCCCAUUCAAAGUUCUCUGUAAAAUGAACGGUUAACAAGUUACCUAUUGUUGCACCUUAUGUGAAUCACCCGGUGUAUUAGGUAGUUAGACUGCAACACAACGACGGAUCAAGUGGGUUCCGAACCACAAGAUCGACGUAAACGUCCGUAUAAGAUACAAGAUAUUAGCCUUGAACGAACGGAAACUUGAUACAGUGUGAUCUGAUUGAUAAUUGAAAUUGUGAUUCAUCAUGAACUUUAUUUUAAACAAAGACAAUGAAGUAAAUGUAAAAAAUAGGCUGAAUACUUAGAAAUGGAGAAUGAUGUAGGGGAAAAUAUCGAUAGCUGAGUUGAAGUAGGAAUACGUUUAAAAAUACUGAUAAAAUAUACAUAAUAUUUGUAUAUGCCUUUCCUAUGAGUACAACAAUUUUUAUCGACGAUUAUUCUAUUUUUAUUUUAUGUUCAUUUAGUGGAGUUGAAAGCACAGUACCUUAUUAUAGCAAUAAACAAUAUUAAAUACUUCUAGAUCGAAAUACCGUAUCUCAAAUAUAAAUUAAUCAUCUAGCUUCUGAGAGCUUAGCUUGAAGCUUUUCAAAACGUUUGCAUUCAAAAGCUGUCUUUGUUUUGUUUUCUAGUCAAUAAUUCUCAUUUGUAAAUUUUGUAAAAUUUUAUGUGCAACUAAGAGACUGUUUGUUAAAAUACUUUAGUAUGUAUAAUACUUCUAAAAUAAUAUAGAUCGCAGUAAUACGAUGCAAUAAUUUAUUAUAUUCAUAAAUGUGUAAUUUUAGUAUUGAAAUAUCGUUUAUUGUAUAGAGAAAUUGCAACAUUAAUAACGGCACAAAUUGAUGAACAAUCAUUAAAGGGAGCUCAUUUUAUAAUCAACCAAUCACAGAGCUCGAUUUUUUGAUGCGACGUUCAUUUUUGUCGAUUUUUCGUAGCUAUUUCCCACUGGUUACUCUGUGAUUAAUAACGUUCUCUCAUGCUCGUUACUUCAGUACAAAUAAUGUUAGUUAUAGUAAUGAUACUAUUACAUUCCAGUUAUCCUCCAAAAUUAAGCUGAAAUUGAUACAAUCGUUGAACGCAAUAAUCCAAAAUUGUAACAUAUUUUAUUUGUUACCGUAUCGAAGACAAAACGACCAUUAUUGUUUGGACGAUAUUUUUAGAGUUUGGAAUGUGUAUAUUUUUCAAAUCAUAGAUUGGCAGAAUACUUGUUCAUUUGCCCUACUAUGGAAUAAUCAUUAUUGACACCUUGAAAUUCUACUAGUACGGUACUUAAUGCAUAGUAGGUUUCAAUUUUUGAAUAUGAUUAUUCUAUUUUCAAUGUCAAAGUUUGUAAAUUAUAUUUUAUGUUAAUCGAACAAUAUUAUUUUAUGCUACUUACAAUAAUGGAAAAUGGUUAUAAAGUUUUCUAUAUUUCUUGAAAAUUACGUUUUUGACAUUUUAUUUAAUUAGUAUAGCGUCCAUACCGUAUAUUUUUGAACGGUCUGUUCAUUCUUGUAUAGAAAUUUGUGGAAUAAUUACUACUAAGUUUGAGUUUUGUUUAUAUACUGUCUAAUUUUUAAUUGGAAUUUGUUCAAUAAAAGUAUACGUAGUAUA